AUGGCAGGCUAUAUUCAUAUUGUUGGCUUCAAGUUCCGCGAGGACAUUUCUGAUGCAGACAGGCAGGAUGUGAUCGACUCCUUCCUGGCCUUGAAGCACAAAUGUCUUAGAGAUGGCAAGGAAUAUAUUCUGGCCAUCCGCCACGGCUUCCCCCAACGGACCUUCCCCUGGCACAACGACGUGGACGCUGUUUUCGUGGUGGAAUUCGCCAGCAAGGAAGACUGCGAUUAUUACCACCAGAAAGAUGAGGCGCAUGCGGCCUUCUUGCCCAAGGCGAAGGCUGCCAACAGUCCGACAGCGCCGGGACUGGUUGUUGCUUUUGCUCCUGUGAACAAUUAA